AUGGAUCUGGAGGCGCGGCGCAAGCUGGGUGGAUUGAUUGACAAGGCUACAUCCACGGGCCACCUUUCGUUGGAACCACAGCCACUGAGGCAAAUCAAGGCGAUUGCCAAGAAAUCAGAUGAGAACGUAAAGAGUGCUUUCCAUUUUCUGUCGCAGAAGCUCAAGGCCGACAGUUCCGAGGUGCGCUAUCUGGCCCUGUUGCUCGUGAAUGAGUUCUUCACUCGCUCGGCCUGCUUCCGCGCCCUCCUUAUCGACGAGUUCCAGAACUUCCUGGAGCUGGUCGUGGGCACCAAGGUGUACAAGCCGCUGCCGCCGCCCAGCGAACGCGCGGUACAGCUGCGCCAGAAGGGACUCGAGUUCAUCGAGAACUGGCAUGAACAAUACGGCCACGCCAACAAGCAGUUGCGCGUGGGCCACCACUACUUGAAGCACUCGCUGCGCAUGCGAUUCCCCGAGGUGCGCCUGCAGUCGGAGAUCGCCGAGCGUGAGCGCAGGCAGCGGGAGGAGCAGACGCAGAAGAUCCUGCGGGUCAAGUUCGAGCGGGUCAAGAAGGAGAUCGACGAGUACGUGGUCGAGCAGCUGCAGCCUUUCCUGCUUGAGAUGGACGGCUGCUUCGACAUCCUCAUGCCCCGCGACUUCGACGCCGCCGCGGCCUCGGCCUCGAUCUCUGUCGCGUCGGCUGCCGCCCGGGCCAGCUCGACGGAGGGAAAGGGCAAGGAAAAGGCGAUCGACGAUGGCGAUGACGGCGAUGAAGUGGGGCUUGAGUGGGAGUCGGUGCUGGGCGCUGAUGAAGAUGAGGAGGAGGAGGAAGACGACGAAGAGGUGGACGAUGUGUUGCGACGUCACGGCAUCGGAAGUGGCGGCGCCUACGAGCUCAACAUCAGCUUCGACAAGAGCUUCGCGUCGAUGAUGGACGGCGAUGACGGCAACGAUGAGGGAGAGGAGGAGCAAGUGCUGGGUGCCAGCGACGCGACGAACACGGCGGCGGAGAGGAGAGAUGGCGACGCCGAGGUGAGGAAAGAGACCAACAAACCGGUGGUGGAUUGCCUGCGUAACGACCUCCGUGCGGUGACCCGCCGCUACGGCCCGCUCGUCGAUGAGUGGUACGAUGUGCUCCUCAAGGUCGACUUCCCGCUGCCCGGCACCGACUCGCCGGCCACCGACGACGAGCUGCGGGAUGGCGAAAAGCGGCGGGAGAGGGACCGACUGCUGCGGCAGGUGAUCGAGCUCAGGUCGGCCAUCUCGGCUGCCGUGCGCAAGUGCGGCGACCUCGGCAUCACCGUCGCCGGUGAACCGAAGCGACCAGCCGCGGGCCUCGACGCCGAGACGGCCGCAGCACACCAGCAGACCGCGACUACGGAGGAGGAGAAGACAAGCACACGGAGAGAGAGCGAAGCGGGCGAAGAGGACUCAGAAGAAAUGACAACAACGACGGCCUCUUCUUCCACUUCUCCCUCUCACCACCACAACAAGCGGACACUGGCCGAGCUGUUCGGUGAGAGCGACGACGAAGAAAACGAUAGAGAAGAGGAGAAGCGGCCAAAGAUCGAUGACGAAGAAGACGAAGAAGACGAAGAAGAGCUCGAGUUCGAGGAGGUGAGCAUGAUCGCAGAUGUGGAUGACGAUGAGGUGGACGUGGAGGCCUUGGACGAGGACCAGACCGACGAGGCGAAGGCCGGCGAUGAGAGCAUGGUGGCCGAUUCGCCGGCGCCGGCAACAAGGACACGCAACUUGCUGACGUCAUCGCCGUCGCCCUACUCAUCGUCGACAGUGCGAACGGCAUCGUCGCCCGCAGCCGGCGAGGCCAAGAAGGCGACGACGAAGAAGAAGAAGGACGACGUCAAGGUGCGCGAGCGGCUGCGCAGGCGGCUGGGCGUCGCCGCCAAGCGUAGGCCGCCGGUCGUCAAACCCCAAAAGCUCAGCACCCACCGCCCACUACAGCUGUGA